GUCUCCGUCCCAUCAUCAUUGCACUCGUGUGUGUACCGUUCCUAUCUUACAUUGCAUUCUAACCAUGGCACGAACAGGAUACGCCAAAGGAGCCAACUCGGGUCACGUCACCGAGCAGAGAGAUCUCAAGCCCAAGCCUAGUUCCCGCAAGGGUAAAUUGGGUAAACGCACGGCUUUGACGCGCGCCAUUGCCCGGGAAGUCGUUGGACUGGCUCCGUACGAACGCCGUAUUCUUGAUAUGAUCAAGACGGGCGGAGCUUCGGCUGACAAGCGCAUUUACAAGUUCGCCAAGCGUCGUUUGGGUUCCCACAAGCGCGCUUUGCAAAAGCGUGAGGACAUCAAGGCCGUCAACGCACAGCAACGUGCCCGUGCUGCCGCCGGUACCAAGUAAAACACACACACACACCAACAAACUAUCAAUCUAGAAAUGGCACGGUUUCGUUGUGUUGGCAUGGAAUACGACUACUCUAGGAAUAUAUGUGUGUGUGUGUUGGUCUAAAUUCCAU